AUGAGCCAAAUUCAUUCUUCUACCACUUCCAGUGGCUCUGAACACACAUUCCGAGCAUGGCUGACGGUAGUAGGAGCCUUCUUCACUUUCUUUUGCAGUGUUGGGUUUCUCAAUGCCUUUGGUGUUUUCCAGGAAUACUAUGAAUCGCAUCAACUAAGUGACCUCUCUAGCUUCGACAUCUCGUGGAUCGGCUCCUUCUCUACCUUUGCGCUCUUUUCUGGUGCUCCGAUUGCUGGGGUUUUGGUCGAUCGUGUUGGACCUACAAUACUUCUCAUCUUCGGUGGCCUGGCCAUGCUUGUAGCCAUCUUCAUGACUUCACUUUGCCAGCAGUAUUAUCAAUUCUUUCUGGCGCAAGCCGUGCUUAUGGGCGCCAUGGGAGGAUCGUCCGCCGGGGGGGUGAUCUGGCCGAUUGUGCUGAAUGAGCUCCUCAACAAGAAUGGCAUGUCCUUUGGCUGGACGAUUCGCAUCAUCGGGUUUAUCAUGCUCCCACUCCUCGUCCUCGCGGUCUUGACCGUCACCCCGCCAGCGAAGAGAGCCGAUGAUGAUCACCAUCGUCGUAUACUGUCAGAUGAAGAAGAGAGGAACAAGAGACAUGAGGGAGAUGGAACCCACGCGAUUCCACAAGAGGAAGCCAAUACACACAGGCAGGGUCUCGUCUCGCUUCUCAAAGACACCACCUUCAUGGUGCUCUGCUUGGGUCUAUCCAUUUCCUAUCUGGGCAUGUUCAGCCCGUUCUUCUAUGCGACCUCCUACGCGCAGAGCCUGGGCUAUUCCACCAGUUUUGCGUUUUACUUGGUUUCGAUCAUCAAUGCCGCAUCCCUCUUUGGCAGAAUCCUGCCGGGGAUUCUCGCAGAUCGCUAUGGGCAUUUCAAUCUCUGUGGUACAGCGGCUCUGCUAUCUGGAGCCACUGCGCUUUGCUGGACCGCAGCAACGAGCUCCGGAGGGCUUGUUGUUUGGUGUCUAGCAUAUGGACUCACGUCCGGUGUAUGCACCCCUCCAAAACGUAAAAACAACAGAGCUUCGAGUUUUGCUAAUUCUCACUCCCAGGCUAUUAUGAGUCUGCAAUCCGCUUGUGCAGCUCACCUGGCACCACACGAGCUCCAUGGUACAGCAGUAGGCUUCCUCAUGGGAUCACUUGCUUUGACAGCUUUGUUCGGUACCCCCAUUAGUGGCCAGCUGGUCGGAUCUUACGGAUAUCUUGCCUUGUCAAUGUAUGCUGGGGCAUCCCUGGUUAUGGGCGGCCUUCUCAUCUUUGCGGCGCGGUUCAAGUUGGAGAAGAGAGUAUUUGCACGGCAGUGA